UGUGUGUGUGUUUGAUAUCAGGCUCAUAACCAGUUCGUACUACAAAUUUACAAAGCCCCGACGAAGAUUUUCCUUGGAGUGAGUGCUCUUCUUGACAAACGAUCUUUGCUGCUAGCUAAAGUGCUGCAGCUAACGAGCGUCCAGCGGACACCGGUCCGGGCAGCGUCGUUCCUCGCUCCGGUAUGAUGCCAGGUGACAGCAGCAUGACCUCCAUCGUACAGAGAAUAGCUCGGCAGGCUCUCGUCACCUUCCGGAGCCCGCCUCGGGUCGGCGAGGAGGCCGGGAAAUCUUUCCUGGAGAACCAGAGCAAACUGAGGAGCCUGAUGACGGAAGUGCGCGCGGCGGACCUGAAGCUCGUCCCGCGGAGAGCCGACGGCAGCUCACCCGGCGGCGUGUCGCACCCGUACCACCACGGCGGGCCCCCGGUCACCUACAUGCACAUCUGCGAGACGGACCACUUCAGCAUGGGGGUGUUUCUGCUGAAAAGCGGCGCCUCCAUCCCGCUGCACGACCACCCGGGGAUGCACGGCGUGCUCAAAGUCAUGUACGGCAAGGUCAGGAUCAGCUGCUUCGACCGGCUGGAGCGGCCGACCGGCGGCACGCAGGCGGCGCCCCCGCUGCCCCCGGCCCAGCUGUCGGCUCUGCGGCGCUCCCUGCACCGCUCCACCGACGAGUACACGGAGGAGAGCGGCCCCUGCGUCCUCUCCCCCGACCGGGACAACCUGCACCAGAUCGAUGCCGUAGACGGCCCGACGGCGUUCAUGGACAUCCUGGCCCCGCCGUACGACCCGGAGGACGGCAGAGACUGUCACUAUUACAAGGUCCUGCCAGAGGCGGAGGUUACAAACACAGAGCAGAAGGAGGUCUGGCUCAUGGAGAUCUCACAGCCGCCGGAUUUCUGGUGCGGAGGAGAGCCGUACCCGGGCCCGGAGGUCUGCCUCUGAUCCACCUGACUGCUGCAACAUGUCCUCUGUCCCCAGGCUGGUCUGGUGUGUGCACCCUGCAGAGCCACAAGGCCGGAGCUUUUUGGACAAAAUGAGCUCAAUGAAGGGUCUCUCUCAAUCUGUGAUACUAAACCUAAGGCCCGCGGGCCAAAUCUGCCAGGAGGCCUCCAGUUAUUUUCUAAUUCACAAUUUUAAGUGAUUCACACUGGGAAUAGUUUUGCAGUUUUAGGAUACUUUAGGUACCAGAAAGCAUAAAACAGCAUCAAAAUAGAGCUUGUUUAUCAAAACAAGUGCAGCAGAGAUCCAGGCUAAGCCCCUAAUGUCCGAAAAACCUAGUAACAUUAUAAAAUCCUAGAUAUGUCCUAAAAUCCUAGAAACGGCCUGAAAUCUUGCAAUGCCCUAAAAUCUGAGAAAUCAACUCAAAUCUUAAAAUGUCCUUAAAUCAGAGAAGUGGCCUAAAACCUGAGACAUGUCCUAGAAUCCAAUAAUAUUCCUAAGAUCCGAGGAAAUGUCCUAAAUUUGAGAAAUGUCCUAAAAGCCUGAAAUGUCCUUAAAUCAGAGAAAUGUUCUACAAUUCUAGG